AUGGAUCAUCAUACCUCAGUCCAGCAAAGUCAUGCCUCCAGCUUUCAUUGGCUUUCUUUCGCUUACCAGGGCCUGACAGAAAUCCCUUAUGAGACCAUUCUGACACAGACAGACACCCUGGAGGUGCUGGACCUCAGCUACAACCUGCUGGAUGAUCCUUAUUGGAACCCGGCUCUGCUGGGUCAGCUGGAGAAGCUCAGCACUCUGAUCCUGGACUGCAACAACUACACAUCCCACAUCAAGUUCCCGUACAUGCCGAGCGUCACCACGGUGUGCAUCAACAAGAACAAGAUCAACAAUCUGCCCGUGUUCGUGGAGGAAAUCCGACGAAAGUUCCCCAACAUAAAGAUCCUCAGUAUGAUGAACAAUGAGGCAGCACCUAGUUAUUUCAAUGGAGGGAGUCUGACCCAGUACAAAGACUACAGACAGUACGUCAUCAGUCAGAUUCCAGGCCUGGAGAUCCUGGACGACACUGAGGUCCUGGAGAAGGAGAGGGCCCAGGCUAGAAAAACCUACAGGCUGCAGCAGAGCAGCCACAGCAGCAGGAAGAGGAAGGAGGACUCAUCAAAGAAGCACACACACAUGCAGAAAAAGUCAAAUACUGUCAUAAGACAAUAGAAUACACUAUUUAUUUAAACUCAUCCCUUAAAAAAGCCCUUCGAUGUCACAGUGUCAACAUUAUGAAACACACUGUGUGUUCUGCAUGUGCUUGUGUCCACAUAUACAGUAUUUAAAGCUACAGGAUGUUUAC